AUGAGUUUAAUACAAAGUAUAUUGAAAAACUCAAUCAUAUUAAAGAGUGUAAAGAAUCAUACAGCCACUGUUAUCUUUUGUCAUGGGCUAGGUGACACUGGUGAUGGUUGGAGCGAUGUCAUGGAGAUGGUUCAAGAGAAAGACAAUGGUCACAUCAAAUUUAUCUUACCAAAUGCUCCAGUGCAACCAGUUACACUCAACAAUGGAUACAGAAUGAAUUCAUGGUAUGAUAUUAAAUCGUUAUCAAAGAGAGGCGAUGAAGACAAAGACGAUGUCGAUAAAUCUAGAAAUAUCAAUUCAGGUAUUCCAUCAGAGAGAAUCAUGAUCGGUGGUUUUUCGCAGGGUGCAGCACUCUCUUUGUAUACAUUCUACCAGACUAAACACAAGUUGGCAGGUAUGGUUGCAUUGAGUGGUUAUUUACCAUUGUCACCAGUAUUUGCAUCGUUUAUGCAACCAACAAACAAGUCACAGCCACUUCUGAUGUGCCACGGAAUGCAAGACGUCGUAGUAAGAUACGAGUGGGGAAAAAUGUCUUUCGAUUUGCUCAAAUCAAAUGGUGCCACCGGUGAUUUCGUCACCUAUAACUAUAUGGGACAUUCAUCUUCACCAGAGGAAAUUUCACAUGUUCAAAUUAAACUCUCAAAGGAAGAUCCACUUGAAACACUUUUAGAGGGACUUUCUUCUGUACUUUCAAUCCGAAAACAAAAACUGAAUAUUGAAACACCACUCAAGAAUUUUGGAGUUGAUUCAUUGGAGACAUUUCAAGUUAAAUACUUUAUCGAUACCAACAUUGAACAAGAUAUUUUCACAAUUUCUUCAUACAAUAUCAAUUAA